GCAAUGGCCAUCCUUUCUUUCAUUCAAUUUAUCUCUAUACUCUUUGUUCUUUUCCAUUUGAUUUCUUCACUUGGUAUUUUCAUAAGCAACUUCAUUUAUGGACAUAACUAUAAGUCAUACUCCUUUAUAUAUUUCCAUUGGAAUAGUCACCGGUUAAUCCACUUGUUCACAGACCUCCUGUCGGUCUCACCAUCACAAACCAUCGUCUUUAACCAACUUGGCUGGAAAAAACAAAUGAUUGUAACCGCAAACCCUAAUAAUGUCGAAUACAUGCUUAAAACAAAAUUUGAAAAUUACCCGAAAGGAAAACCAUUCACGGACGUCCUUGGGGACUUCCUUGGAAUUGGAAUAUUUAAUGUGGAUGGCCAACUAUGGAGCUUGCAACGUAACGUGGCUAGCCACGAGUUUAGCAACAACUCGUUGCGAGAGUUCGUGGUUAGUGUGCUUGAAGAAGAAAUAGCAACGAGACUUAUUCCGUUGCUAGAAAACUCUGUUGAAAAUGACAACACUUUGGACAUGCAAGAUGUUUUAAGAAGGUUUGCUUUUGAUACCAUAUGUAAGAUCUCACUAGGGUGGGACCCGUGUUUCUUGGAUUUUACACAACCAGAUCCACCACUAGCAUCAGCAUUUGAUGUAGCGGCAGGUGCCAGUGCAUUGCGUGGCAAUGCAUUGACUAACUGGAUAUGGAAAGGUAAACGAUUUUUAAACUUUGGAAGCGAGGGCAAGUUAAAAGAGGCAAAUUGUGUUAUACGAUCUUCAAUAAAUGGUAUAAUCCUUAAAAGGAGGCAACAAUUGGAAGAAAAUAUAAGUGAGAGAGAUUUGCUAUCAAGAUUUAUUUCAAUGGGUCAUGGCGACGAGCUCAUUAGAGACAUGGUUAUAAGCUUUUUAAUGGCCGGAAGAGAUACCACGUCAGCGGCAAUGACGUGGCUCUUUUGGUUGCUGACUUGGCACCCUAAGGUAGAGAAAAAUAUUCUAAAAGAAGUCAACUAUAUAGUUAAUGAACAAAAUAAUAAAUUGUCAUUAACUUUUGAUGACUUGAAAAAAAUGGACUAUUUGAAAGCAUGCUUAUGUGAAUCCAUGAGGCUUUACCCACCGGUGGUAUGGGAUUCGAAACACGCAGAAAAUGAUGAUGUGUUACCGGAUGGGACACAUGUUUACAAAGGAAACCGGGUGAUGUAUUUCCCAUAUGGUAUGGGAAGGAUGGACACAUUGUGGGGAAAAGAUUGCUUGGAGUUUAGACCGGACCGGUGGUUUAGUGAACAAGGUGGUUUUAAAAUGGAAAAUCCCUAUAAAUUUCCGGUUUUUCAAGCCGGACCAAGGGUUUGUUUAGGGAAAGAGAUGGCGUUUAUUCAAAUGAAGUAUGUGAUGGCUUCCGUUUUGAGACGAUUUGAGUUUGUGCUGGUUUGUUUGGACCAACCAGUUUUUGUGCCAUUGCUUACGGCUCAUAUGGAUGGUGGUUUGAAGGUCAGGGUUCGUAGAAGGAAUGCGACAAACCUUUGUGAUUUAAAAUAAAAAGAGAAAGGAAA